AUGGCUGCAAACCACUCGGAAUUCGCAAUCGGCCAAGACGGCUCCAUCACCCGCGCCGGAAGCAACUCUGACGACUAUAUGGAGACCAACGUCAGCGUCUUCUUCCCGUCCAACCCAACCGCUUUCGACAACGCGCGCGAUGCCACUUGCUACACUCGUCUGGGCACCCGUCACUCGGCUCAGGAGCUCAAGGCUGCGCUCGAGGCCUCCCCGGACCUCGACAACACUUUCUGCCUCUCGGUCAACAACGUCGUUCUCAUCUUCUCUGCCUCUGCUGAAGAGCACACUGACCACUGCCGGAAGGUUCUCCAGAUGCUACAGGAUCGUUCGAUGACAGCCGAUAUCCAUGACUGCGUCUUCAAGACUGCGACUACCACCGCGGCUGGAAUUCGCUUGGACCAGGUCGGAGAGCACAAGGUCUACAUGGUCAUCAACGAGGGCGUUCCGGGCCGCUGA